AUGAGCAAAGGUCCUUUACAUUUUAAAAGCAUUUCCUGUCUGUGUUUCGCAGAUGGCAUCGCUCCCACCACCCUGGUGUCCUACUGUGAUGAUGCCAAACAGUGGGUGGUCGCAGAGCUCACGCGGCGUCUGGAAGAACAAGAAAAGACACUGGUGAAGAUCAAAGACAGGGACUACGAUGCCGGGAUAUCUCAGCUCCGGUCCUUCUGCGAGUGGUUGGACGUCUGUACCAACGUCGUUCUCGUGUUGUCGAGAGGCUACUUGCAGAGCGGGUUGUGUCAGCGGGAGUUGGAGCUGGCCCUCGCCUCCGAGAGGAGACUGAUCACGGUUCUGCUGGAGGAGGGUUGUACUCUACCCGCUGCUCUACAGGGCCGGUUAUGUCUCCACUUACGACAGGAUGGACAAUUCUGGCCUAGACUCAUAGCUGCAACCGGUCCCCAGCCUUGUAAAGCCGCAGGCCCAGGUCAUCACACAGUGCCGAGGAUGCGUCCUCCAAAGCUUCCCUCCAGGUGUUUCAUCAGGGAUGCCGCUAUCGCCCAAGUAACAAAGCUCAUUUCUACCUCUGCAAGAGAGCUGUCGAGGGCGUCGUCUAUCCGCCAUAUUGGAGACAACGUCGUGGGGAUCUGGGGAAUGGGAGGAGCCGGUAAGACGGUUCUAGCACUGAUGGUGGCCCGGGAACUACAAGAGGAUAGAAAGGUUUUCUGGGUUACCAUGGGGGAACAACAGCCACGCGUUCUGGAGAAUCUCGCCGCCCUCGCCAGUGACAUGUCCAACACACUCAGGUCCUUCAUCGCAGUGAGCGACGCAGUGAGCGAUCUUUAUCAGGAAACACAAGACAAAGAUCAUCUCAUUGUCCUGGACGACGUUUGGAGCUUGCAAGACGCCCAGGUCAUCACUGACGCCGUCUCGGGUAUGUGCCAGGUACUGGUUAUCACGAGAAACAAGGAUCUACUGGAGAAUCUCGGUGUACAUAAUGAUGAUCGUUACGAGGUGAAACCGCUGGCACCGUCCGAAGCAGAGAAAUUCGUGUACAAUUGUGAAGACAUUGUGAAGACAUACGACAGACACACGGACGCUGUUCUGUGCAUUGCCGUCACCUCUGACAACCCCAAGCGAGUUUUCACCGGAUCCGGUGACUCCACCAUCAGGGCAUGGGAGCUGGAGUCACAGAGGGAUCUCUGCACACUGCGGGGACAUAGCAGCCACGUGUACGCCCUAGCGCUGUCUAAAGAUGACUGGCGUCUGGCCUCAGCUUCUUACGACACGACCGUCAAAAUCUGGGACGCUGAUAGGUUCGAACUCCUCUGGACUUUGAAAUCUCAUACAGACAAAGUCAAUGCUGUUACGUUCAUCGAUGACGGGGAAAGGGUCGUUUCAGGAUCGAGUGACAAAACAAUCAGAGUUUGGCACCUCGCCUCCGCGUCCACGUCAGAAUUGUUGACAGGUCACACUGGACAGGUGAGAGCUUUGUGCGCCUUCCACCACAGCAGCAACGUGGCGUCUGGUUCCAUUGACAGCACGAUCAGGAUAUGGAACACGCGCAACUUGAGCUCGUCCAGCUUAGCAGGGCACAAGAGCACUGUAUACAGCAUCGCAAUAACAAGCGACGACAAGUACCUGGUAUCGGCCUCUGGUGAUCGAACAGUUGGAGUGUGGAACACGCACAGCCGUGAGCUGAUACAUAAACUGCACGGCCAUACAAACUCCGUGUACUCUGUCGCCCUGACGCCGGACAAUACCACCAUCGUGUCAGGAGGAGGGAUGGACGAUGUUACCAUCAGGAUUUGGAGUCUUAGAGAAGGGAAGCAGAAGUGUGUGUACAGAGGACACAGCGACAGCAUUCGGAGCGUCAGUGUUGUGAAGUCGGUGCGAGGUGCACUGUUGCUCUCUGGGUCUCUGGACACCACUUGUAGACUAUGGCGAAUGGAGGGAACCUUACAGGAAGUAGACCAGUUGCCAGGACAUGAGAUCGCUGCCUACGCAGUAGCCAUUACUGAGGAUGGGAGGCGAGCUGUGUCGGGGUCCCGGAGCGGCGAACUGAGAGCAUGGAACGCUAAGACAGGGGAACUCAUUGCCGUACGUCCAGGUGCCCACACCAGGUCCAUUCGCGCAGUGGCGGUGACUCAGGACGGAGACACGUUUGUUUCUGGCUCCAAGGAUCGUCAGGUGAAAGUUUGGUCCCUACAGCUCCAGCCAGAUCGCCCUGGAACCUUCUGUCUUACCCAGAAGUGUGUCCUCACUUGCCACGAGGGUACGGUCCAAACGGUGACAAUUUCUAGAGACUCCAAGCUUGCUGCUUCAGGGGGGUGGGACGGCCUUGUCCUUGUCUGGAACAUUGAAACAGCAGAGAUUGUGCAGAAGAUCCGCCACGUGAGUUACGGUGUUACAUCUGUAGCUCUUUCCGGGAAUGACAUCAUUGCUUGCUCGAGGGACAACAUAACCUGCAAGUGGAGUUUGGUUGGCCCGACACCGACAGGUCCCACUGCAACAGUUCACGGGCCCGGUGCAAGGUGGCUCUCAUAUCCAGCUGUAGUACUUCCUCGUCAGAAGAAGAUCGUAAGCGGCUGUCCAGAGGAAGGGCGGUACCGUGUUUGGGACGAGACUGGCAGGGAGUCCCGGGGCUAUUGCGGCCAUCCUGACACCGCUGUCAUCACAGCGUUAGCAGUAGAUGACAGAGAAGAGCUACUCUUGUCCGCGUCAACAGAAGGAACCAUCACGACCGUCAGUCUUUGUGGGGAGAGCCAAGUCGUCCAGUACGUCAGUAAAGAUGACAUAGAGGCCCGUCCCGACUGUGCCACACACGUCAGCGCGUUGCUGUUCACGCGGGAUAGAGACAAAGUGUCGUUCCUGACCGGAGAUACAGAGGGCGCUGUUCGGUUCUGGCAUGGCAGCAGAAGUCGCGAUCCUGUCACGGAUAGAUCUGUCAUCCUCGGAGCAACACCGGGGAGGAUAACAUCUUUCUGUGGUGUAGGAGUCGGCAGGGUGGUAGCGGGGAGCGCCGGGGGGUUCCUGUCUGUCUGGGACAUCAGCGAGGCAAGACGAGCCGAGUGUUGGGAAGCACAUUCAGGUGAUAUAACCUCGGUAGUGGCAACCACGUGGGAGAAACAUCCUGUUGUUCUCAGCUCAUCCCUGGACCACACCGUAAAGUUAUGGUCCGUGAAUGUCACUUCUACGUGCGGAAGAUCUCCACUGAGAACGAUACACAUCUCAGAAACUUGUCCAGCUCCCAGUCAUCUGUCAGUAACAUCAGAUGGAUCCCACAUCGUCACAGGCGCUGCUGACAACACACUACGCGCGUAUGAGGUGAACACUGGAAGACUAGUCAGAGAGUUUACGUCUGACUUCUACGGCGUCAACUGUGUGGGCUUCGCGGAUGACGACGAACUCGUGAUGUGUAGUUACAGCUGCAGUCAUCUUGGUACCUGGAACUUCAACACUGCGGAAAGGUCGGCCCUUCAACAUGACUUCUGUUCCCGAGGAUUCGGAACGUGGUGUCACUUCUCUGCCAUCACCACGGGUACAACAGUCGUGACUGGUAAUUCUCUCAACAAACUGAUAAUAUGGGACUACAGGAGCGGAUCUGUGCUGAGUGAGCGGGAGUCACUAUGCCCGUACCAUGUAGAGGUGCCCAGGAGCCCACAGGACGUCACCUGCGUGGCGGUGACGCCAGGUGGACAGCUGGUCGUCUCCGGGUCAGCGGACAAGUCGGUCCGGGUCUGGUGUGUUCGGCAGGGCGAGUUCUUCCAGCUUUGUCGGUUCACGUUCGCGCAUCAACCGCUCGCGGUGGCCGUAGCGAAAGAUGGAAAGAUAUGCGCGGGGUUACGGAACGGACAAGUGUGCUUUCUACAGCUGAAGAAUCCUCGUAAUACUUAAAACUGAAGUUAACGUUAUUCUACAUUACAU